AUGGCUCUACAGACAGCAGCAUCCCUUUACCUCUGCUUCCUGCUGGGGGUACAUUGCUGGCACGAUCUGGACAACACUGAGUACGACUGUUGGCCAAUCAACAGUCCAAAUGAUUACAACAUGAUUAGCUGUGGAGGUCUAGAAAUGGCCUGGGUUCAGCGUCCACCCGAGAAAGUCACCGACGGGGAGGAGUUCAACGUCUCCUACACAGUGACGGCGUCAGAUUCCUUCUAUGAAUACGCAGUCAGGAACAAGAUUUUCCAGUUCAGGUUUGUCCAUGCAUCAGAGGCAAAGAGGUUCUGUCAUGAACAUGAAUGUCCCCCAAACUGGAACAACGCCAAUGAGAUGAACUGCUGUGUCUAUCACGCCAACAUCCACUCAUGUCCGCUGGGCCUCAUGAAACAUGGUGGAAUCUGUGGUCCAUGGAUUCCAGAUGACGGCAAAAUAGUGACCCACACUGUGUCCAAAGCAGGCAAGAUGACACAGAAAUACUGGACUUCAAAGGUGGUGCUAAUCCAUGUGGGAGUCACCUCAGUCAUUGCUCACAUCAAAAUUGGACAAAUGCACGCAGCGCUGGAGUCCAAAGUGCUUGUUGUCAGCGCUCAAGUGUGUGGGGAUGAUGUGUGUGAGCUGGAGGAGAACUGUUUGAACUGCCCUGCAGACUGCGGCAUCUGCCCCAUGUCUAUCACCAUCAAAGUGGCCAUCGGGCUUCCAGUCGCCCUCUUCUGCAGCGGUUUCAUCUUAACCAUUGUGUGGCUUCAGUACCAGAAACAGAAGAUGUUUUGGGAUGAAAGCUGGAUCAUUAACUACAAGAACAUCAUAUUUGGCAGACUGUGCUACAUGGGUCAUGGAAGCAACAUCAGCCUCCAGCAAGUCAAGAGUAACUCUAGCUUGAGUUGCACCACUGAUGUGACCGUGUGCACCGGGGUCAACACCUCCUUCAAACAGGGCUUCAUUCAACCUGGCAUAUAUGAUGGGAAGACAGUGGGAGUAAAGCACAUCCAGAAGAAACACUUCACCCUUUCUAAAACCAUCAGGAAAGAGGUGAAAGAAGUCAGGCAACUGGACCACCCUAACCUGUGCAAGUUCAUCGGAGGGUCUAUUGAGGUGCCUUAUGUCAGCAUCAUCACUGAGUACUGCCCCAAAGGUAGUCUGUCUGAUGUCCUGCUCAAUGAUGAUAUCCCCAUCAACUGGGGCUUCAGACUAUCCUUUGCUACUGAUGUCGCCCGUGGGAUGACCUACCUCCACCAGCACAAGAUGUUUCAUGGGAGACUUCACUCCAGAAACUGUGUGAUUGAUGACCGCUGGGUGUGCAAAAUCUCAGAUUAUGGGCUCACAGCCUACAGAAAGGAGGAUUUUGAAGCUGUCAGUAAUGGCUUCAACUGUGGGGAUGUGAACCGUGUAUACUGUGCCCCAGAGGUGCUACUGGGAAGCAGUUCCAACUUGACCCCUGCUGCAGAUGUCUACAGCUACUCCAUGAUUCUGGUUGAGAUUGCGACUCGCUCUGACCUCAUUUCAGUGAGAUGGAUAUCAUGUGGCGCCCCCCCCCUGCCUGAACUCAAAGCUGGGAAGGCUGAUACUGACUGUCCCAGUCAAAGAGACUAUUGUGAGCUCAUCAAAAGGUGCUGGUCUCACAACGUCACCAUGAGGCCCACCUUUGAGCAAGUGAAGAAGAUGAUUGACAAGAUGAACCCACACAAAGUCAGCCCUGUGGAUAUGAUGAUGAAUCUGAUGGAGAAGUACAGCAAACAUCUGGAGGCUAUCGUAGCAGAGAGAACACAGGAUCUUCUUCAAGAGAAACAGAAGACAGACCGGUUGUUAUACAGUAUGUUACCAAAGCCGGUGGCUGAUGAUCUGCGUCAAGGCCGAACAGCAGAAGCCCAAAGCUUUUCCAAUGCCACUGUGUAUUUCAGUGACAUUGUUGGUUUUACUCAGCUGUCUGGGGCCAGCACUCCCCACCAGGUCGUAAACUUCCUCAACCAACUUUACACCACCUUUGACGACAUCAUUGACAAUUAUGAUGUCUACAAAGUGGAGACAAUAGGAGAUGCUUACAUGGUGGUCUCUGGCGUCCCUCAGGAAAAUGGCAUCAAUCAUGCUGGAGAAAUAGCCAGCAUGGCACUAGAUUUGGUCAGCGUGUGUCAUACCUUUAAGAUCCCCCACAAACCCAACACUCAGCUGAAAAUACGAGCUGGCAUCCACUCAGGACCGGUCGUGGCUGGAGUGGUUGGCACCAAAAUGCCACGUUACUGCCUAUUUGGGGACACGGUCAACACAGCGUCACGCAUGGAAUCCACAAGUGAAGCUCUGAAGAUUCAGGUGAGUGGUGCGACAGCCGACCUCCUCCACAGCCUCAGAGGUUACAUUCUGACCUGCAGAGGGACACUUAAUGUGAAGGGCAAAGGGGAGAUGACAACAUGGUGGCUUGAAGCCAAGAGAGAUAAUAGCACAGAUCUGCUGCACCGAACAUCUGAAUCCAGAGGAGUCCCAGUACCAGUCAGUGAAUAGAUCUGAGUGGAGAUCAACACAAUAAAAGUGGAUUAGGCUUUGUUUGUGUACAAUUGUAUCCAGUUAUGUGUAUGUGCAUCUGUAAUUUUAAACUGAAUACUAUAAGUAAUGUAGGCAAUUACAUACUUAAAUGUCUUACUACACUGUAAGCUCAGUAGAUGUAAUGUUUGUGGUUGCAUUGCUCAUUGUCAUACAUUACUGUUGUUACCAGGAGUGGUGAUGCACAUUUAUUUUGCAUUUUAACUGUACAUGGCAUGGUAUUUUCCUCCAGUUGCUGAUAAAAGCAUAUGCAGAGAAAAACAUUACAGUAUGUGAUGAAACCAGUAAUACAGGUUUCAUCUCACAAUGUUUUCUGAUCAGUGUGUUUUCAUCCCAAUACUGUAUUUUUUAAGCACUUUCAUGAGAAACUGGUUC